AGCAUCUUUUGGGGGUGGUGACAGAGCCACAGAGAGGAGCAGGCUGAGCCGGGGAGCCCUGGUGGGGCGAGCCUCCAGCUCGGAGCAGACACAGAAGUGUCUGGAGACAGAGCUGGUCGGGCUCAUGGAUGGGGACUUAGCGGCUGGAAAGAUGACUUCCUCCACCAGUCCCACGGGCCCCAUCGACAGCCUGGAGCUCUUGGAUCUCCUGUUUGACAGGCAGGAUGGCAUCUUGAGACACAUAGAGCUGGGCGAGGACUGGGGCCAUGUCGACGAUCAGCAGGUCCUGCCAGGCCCGGACUCUGAUGAUUUCCUCAACUCCAUUCUGGGUUCUGGAGAUUCAGUGCCCAACUCCCCGACCUGGUCUCCUGCAGGCAGUGACAGUGGCAUCUCAGAAGAUCUGCCCUCUGACCCCCAAGACACCCCUCCACGUGGUGGGGUGGCUGUCACCCCAGUCAGCUGCCAAACCACGGAGUCUGGCAAGGAGCUCUGCCUCUCCUACCAUCCUGGGCCCCCCUGCCCCACCAGGCACCCUGGGCCAGUAGCCCACGGGCUCGAGGCCUCCGUGGCCAUAGACCUGGAAGCGUGGAGCCCAGGACUGCACACCGAGGAGCGGGCUGGGCCGGCCGACUUGCCUCCGCGCCGCAGCCCCACGGUGAAGGACCUCCUGCUCUCCGGCAGCGGUGGGGCCGCGCAACAUCACCUGGCAGCCCCCCACCUGUUGCGACCUGGGACCGGGCACUGCCAGGAGCUGGUGCUGACGGAGGAUGAGAAGAAGCUGCUGGCCAAAGAAGGCAUCACCCUGCCCACACAGCUGCCCCUCACCAAGUAUGAGGAACGAGUGCUGAAAAAAAUUCGCCGGAAAAUCCGAAACAAACAGUCGGCACAAGAAAGCCGGAAAAAGAAGAAGGAAUAUAUUGAUGGCCUGGAAACUCGGAUGUCAGCCUGUACUGCCCAGAACCAGGAGCUUCAGAGGAAGGUCUUACAUCUUGAGAAGCAGAACCUGUCCCUCUUGGAGCAGCUGAAAAAACUCCAGGCCAUUGUGGUCCAGUCCACCACCAAGUCAGCUCACACAGGCACCUGCAUAGCGGUCCUGCUCUUUUCCUUCGCCCUCAUCGUCCUCCCUUCCAUCAGCCCUUUCGCCUCCAACAAAGCCGAGAGCCCCGGAGACUUCACACCUGUGCGAGUUUUCUCCAGAACUUUGCACAACGACGCUGCAUCUCGAGUGGCCCCAGAUGCCGCACCAGGCUCCGAGGCCCCAGGACCCUGGCCCGAGGCUGGUGUACUUCAGGAAGGGUCUCAAGGCAGCCCCGGGGGGUACUGGGGAUCCCGGGACACGCCAUCUGUGGACAACUCGACAGAGGAUCUAGACAACUCGACCCUGGUCCAGGGCACUGAGAUGAAGGAGCUGGAUCGGGCCACUCUGCUGGACUGUGCUCCGCCUAAGCCAGCACUCAGCCCAGGACAAGUGGGGCUGGAGGCGGCAGGUGGGGAGCUGUGAGCACCACGGGGACAUGCCCCCAGGCCCCUCUGCUCGAGGGUGCUGCAGUGGACAGUGACAGGCCCAGGGAUUUCAGGUGAGGGAGAGACCCUUGCGGAGAUACCAGGACGGAGAUGCAUAGACUCACAGCUACAGACCCAGGGACCCAGGCAUAUGCAGAAACUGACACUCAGACACAGGGUGACCAUAGGGCCACAAAGCCUGAGAAACACACACAGACCCAGGUGCAGGAGGAGACAGGAAGACAUACACAGACUGAUCCACAGAUCCAGACAGAUAUACAUACAAGGCCUCAACAAAUCCCCGCCCCAGGCACUCCCUCCUGCCCCCUCGCACACAGUGGGGAGGAACCAGCCAAGACUGCAGGGACGCUGGUCCCGGAGCACGGGCUGAGCUCUGAACUUCCAGGCAGCCAUGGCCCACAGCUACCCCUUUUUCUAAGACUGCCGUGAUCUUUAAUAAAAGUAUUUUGACAGAACA